CCCGCCAACGCCUGGAUCCUGUACCGCUCGGCGCGAACCCACGAGUUCAAGGCGAGAGAGGGCUGUCCCGCCGUUCCGCAAGCCGACAUCUCCAAGGUGAUCGGGCAGCUCUGGCGAGACGAGACGCCCGAGGUGCGGCGGUUCUGGGAAGGCGAGGCGCAGAGGGCGAAAGCGCGGCACCGUCAGCUCUACCCUGGU